UCGCUCUCAGGCUCUAAUCCGAAGCCAGGCGCACUCCCUUGAGCGGAGCUGGUUUCGUUUCCCGCUCUCCCAUCCCACCGCCCUCCCCACUCCGCGCUGUCGCUGCCUCCACCGCCCAGUGUCCUUCUCCCUUCGUGGCGAUGCUGACGCGCUACACCCCGGGCCCGCCGGGCCCCUUGCCGCUCCGCCGCGUCCUCCCGCCCGCCGCCACCGCCGUCCGCCACCGCCUGCGGGAGUGCGCGGCGCGGAUCCCGGAGGCCGAAGCCGUCCUCGACCUGCUAGAGAAAUGUCCUGAGCACCAGAAGAAAGGAGGUUUUCCCGUUGUAGUUUUUGAGGGGCUGGACGCCACAGGAAAAACCACUAUAACCCAGUCUGUUAAGGACACUCUGAAUGCUGUUCUGCUAAGGUCUCCACCAGCUUGCAUCAGCCAAUGGAGAGCAAUAUUUGAUGUUGAGCCAGCACCCAUUAAAAGAGCAUUUUAUGCUGCAGGCAACUACAUUCUUGCCUCAGAAAUAGCAAAAGCAUCCAACCAGGCGCCUGUGAUCAUAGACAGAUACUGGCACAGCACAGCUGCCUACACAAUUGCCACUGAAAUAAAAGGAAACGUGCAGGAUCUUCCACCAGCUCAUGAUGAGGUGUACCAGUGGCCUGAGGAUCUGCUUAAACCUGAUCUUGUUCUUCUUCUGACUGUUGACCCUGAGGAGCGAGUUCGAAGAAUUCAGUGUCGAGGGCUGGCGAAAACAAAGGAGGAAGUUGAGCUGGAAGCUAACAGCUUGUUUCGUCAAAGAGUUGAAGAGUCAUACAGAAGGAUGGUGAAUCCUGCGUGCCAAGAGGUCGAUGCCAGCCCCUCCAAAGAAGAAGUUGUCCAGACAGUGCUACAACUAAUUAAAAAACACUGUGCUUUGUGAAAGCAACUUCUGUGUAAUAGCACUUAAAAAUACUUUGUAGUGCACUUAAAAUAUACUUUUCUUUGCCCCUCUGGUUCUGCUAAUUGAAAAUGCACUGUCACAUGCUUAUCCAACAGAACUUCUGUUGACAGCAGACUGUGCAGGUUAUCUGUUUCACUGUUGUUUACUGUGAUUUUCUGUGUAAGCCAAAAUAUUGCCCACAUGUUAUUCAGCACCUUAGUAAAGCCACCAGCAUUAUGGUUAUUUAUGAAGUACCUUAGAGUGCUCUCUGACACUCUGACAUUUAAAAAUGCUGUCAUGCUGCACCUUCAGGAGCACCAGUUCCCCCAGAUGUUGUGUGCCAGAAUUCACUGGACUGCAGCGGGAGCCUUAGGUGCCCAAGGAGAGUCUGAAAUGUCAUCCAGUGGUAAAACAAUAACAUGAUCCUAACAUUGAGGAACAGAGUAUCCAGUGGCCCAGUGCUGUUUACUGGAGUGAAGAAUGAGCAGAUGCUGCUGUGAUGGCCAUCCUGCAAAAAAUGUGUCAUAAAUGAGGGCCCAAGAGCAUCUAGGCCUCUAAUAAAGCCCAAACCUGUCAAUAUAUGCAAUAUACCAAAUUAAUUUCGUAGAGAAACAAGAAAAUGCUGACAUGUUAGAAACAGACACCUGAGAAGAACCUGAAAUGAAAAAUAUUUGAUAAAUCAUUGCUAAAAUAUUUUUCUACAAAACAUUUUCUGUAUCCUAUUAAUAGCAUUGUUAAAUGUGAAUUUGUGUUCUUUUACGAUAAUGUGAAAUGACAGAGAAUCUGAGCAAUGGGAAUGAUUUUACCUUUUCACUUCAUCUGUUCUUUUUCAUGUGGGUUUUUGCACUUGUUGAAUUAUUAAUUCAAUUCUAAUAAUACACCUUAGUAUGUGUUCAUCAUCCACAUUUUUCUUUUAAGCAAAACUACUUAGGCAGGUUAAUAGAAAAGCAAAGCAAGUUAGACCAAGCCAUCGUGUCCCUUUCUAAUGUCUGUUAGAAAUAAAGGUCUGCAAGAGGUUGCGUGCUACAUGUGGGACCUUAAUGUGCAUAAUCACUCCCUUACCUGCCAUUUCUGUGUUAU